AUGUCUUCAACCCCCCCGACUCCCCUCACUGAGCGGUCCCCCCCUGACCAGGUCGACGCCUGGAUCUUGGGUAGUGGCAUCCCCUCGUUGACCGCCGCCGUCCAUCUCAUCCAAGAGGGCCAUGUGCCUCCGUCGCGGGUUCACAUCCUCGAAACACUCAGUCAGGCCGGCGGGGGGACCGUCAGCUCCGGCGAUCCAGUCAAUGGGUACGACUAUCGAGCCGGGGGGAUGCCGCCGUUCAACGACUCCUGCGUGGAGGAGCUCCUCGAGCUGGUUCCCUCCCACACGAACCCGGAAAACACUGUCCUCGACGAUAUCCACAUCUUCUGGGAGACCAAAGCCGCCCGGGAGACACCGCAUACGCGCUUCUUGACCCGCCACAAGAACAGGAUUGAGCGCGUGGACGCCAAACGAGCAACCCUGGGCUUGCGCGACCGAGUCGACCUCUUCAUGAUGGCCUCGAAAACCGAGAAAUCACUCGGUCGCUCUCGCAUCUGCGAUCACUUUAGCAAGGGCUUCUUCAAAAGCGGCUACUGGCUCAGCUUGUCCACAACCUUCGGCAUCAAACCCAUCCACAGCGCCACCGAAUUCCGGCGCUACCUCCAACGCUUCAUGCACGACAUCCACGGCCUUAAUCAAAGGCGCCCGCUCGAUUACGGCCGCUACAACCGCCACGAAUCUAUCGUUGCCCCGAUCGCCUCCUUCCUCCGCUCCCGCGGCGUCGACUUCCGCUUCCACACGACCGUGACAGACAUCGUAACCUGGCCGUCCAGCGAUGACCCCCAGCGCGUCUCCGCAAUCCGGGCUGUGCACGAAAAUGACCCCGAACACCUGAUCUCCCUCGGACCGCAAGACAUUGUCUUCGUCUCGCUGGGCAGCGUCAUGUCCGGCUCGACGACCGGCACGAACGACUCCCCCCCCUCGCUCGAACUGAUGGACAUCGAAAAGGACCUCGACGAGAACUGGCUCCUGUGGCUGGAGCUUUCGACGAAAAACCCCAUCUUCGGGAACGCGUACAAUUUCUGCACGCGCAUGCCCGAGUCCCGCCUGGAGUCCUUCACCAUCACUCUCAAAACCAAGGAAUUCUUCACCCGCUUUGUCCAACUCACCGGUGAUCAACCGGGGACUGGCACAUUCGUGACCCUCAAAGACACCCCCUGGUUAGUGAGUCUGAGUCUGCCGCAGCAGCCGCUGUUCCCGGAUCAACCAGACCACGUGCAGGUGGCGUGGGGGUAUGCGAUGUAUCCGGAACUGGAGGGCGGGUAUAUCAAGAAGCCGAUGCUAGAGUGCUCGGGACAGGAGAUCAUGGAGGAGAUCCUCCGGCAGCUGAAGCUUCCGCUCGAGGGGAUCCUGGACCAUUCGGUCACCAUUCCGUGCGUGGUGCCCCGCAUGGCAGCCACUGUCUUGCCUCGAGCUGGACAGGAUCGGGCGCAGGUCAUCCCUCAGGGAAUUGAAAAUCUGGGGCUUAUAGGCCAGUUCGUGGAGAUCCCGGGGGAGGUGGCCGUGACGAUGGAUUAUGGGGUGAGGGGGGCGCAGAUGGCGGUGCAGAAGCUGAUGGGGUUGCAUAUGCAGAUGAGGCCAUCGAAACGAAGUUCGGCGAUCAAUUUGCUGGGUUUACUAUAA